AUGAAGUGGAACUGUGAUUUCGUUUUGAUUGAUUGUGAUUUUCCGUUUACUGAAUAUUUGGCUCUGUGUCUAUUCCUUGUUUCACUAGAAAGAGGUGGUGAUAUGACUUCAGGUGAAGCGUUUCCAGUGAUGCAGGAGAUCAUGCUCGAGUUUCGUGCUGGUAAGAUGUCUUUGCAGGGAUCAAGAGUUGUCCCUGAUGUACGGAAAGGGCUUGUCCGCAUUGCUAGAGGUGAAGAGGGACUGGUUCAUUUCCAGUGGCUUGAUCGAAUCCAGAAUGCGGUAGAAGAUGAUCAAAUCGUUUUCCCUGAUGAAGCUCUAUUUGAAAAGGUUAAUCAAUCAUCAGACAGGGUGUACAUUCUGAAGUUCAAUAGCGAUGACCGCAAGCUAUUCUUCUGGAUGCAGGAGCCGAGAGCUGAAGGUGAUGCAGACCUAUGCUCUUCCGUCAAUCAAUACCUUAAUCAACCACUAGGCAUUUUCUAUGCACCAGAAUUUCUUGGUGAAGGACAAGAAGCUGCCGUCCUUGAGGAAGUGGAAGACAUGGCAGAAGAUGAUGUUUCAUCUAGAGCUGGAAACUUGGUUGUACCAAAUUUGUCUACAGAGGUGAGUGACGUGUCAUCUUCGUCUGGACCAGUUAAGCUGGUAGACCUGCAAAGAAUUCUGAACAACAUCUCUGCGGGCCCUGUAGGUAUAAUUCUCUAUCUUCUGGUACUCCGUCUGUCAAUAAGCUUUUCUAGUUACCCUCUUAAUACUCAUUCAGGCCUAGUAUUAGGGGAUAUCUUGAAGCCGGAGUUGAUUAUGCCAUUGCUUGAGAUGUUACCGGUAGAAGAACGAUUGUCUUCACAUUUACCUGAGACUAACCCAAGGACUUAUGCACAGGGUCACUGUAGUGCUGAAGAUAUACUGGAGUUGUUGCAGAGCCCUCCUUUUCGUCAACAAGUAGAUGCAUUUACCUAUGUACUUCGCACAGGACAAAUAGAUUUGACCCAGUUCGGUGUCGACCCAAGUAAAUAUAAGUUCACGGUUAUCUCAUUCCUUGAGGCACUUGAGGACUCGGUUUCAACGCAAUCAACGGAUGCAAUGGAUGAGAGUUAA